AUGGUGUAUGAAGCUAAACCUUUUGACCCUAUAGUGGUGAAACCUAAUGAUAAGAAAAGGGUAGCUUAUUUUUACGAUGCUGAUGUUGGUAACUAUGCGUAUGGUGCUGGUCAUCCCAUGAAGCCACAUAGAAUAAGAAUGACACAUUCUUUGGUUAUGAAUUAUGGUUUGUAUAAAAAGAUGGAAAUUUAUAGGGCUAAACCUGCUACAAAACAAGAGAUGUGUCAAUUCCAUACUGAUGAAUAUAUCGACUUUUUAUCCCGUGUAACUCCUGAUAAUUUAGAUAUGUUUAAGAAGGAAAGUGUGAAAUUUAAUGUAGGUGAUGAUUGUCCUGUUUUUGAUGGGUUGUAUGAAUAUUGUAGUAUAUCUGGUGGUGGCUCAAUGGAAGGUGCCGCUAGGUUAAAUCGCGGUAAAUGUGAUGUUGCAAUUAACUAUGCUGGUGGUUUACACCAUGCUAAAAAAUCAGAAGCUUCUGGUUUCUGUUAUUUGAAUGAUAUUGUUUUAGGUAUUAUAGAAUUGUUAAGAUAUCAUCCAAGAGUCCUAUAUAUUGAUAUCGAUGUUCAUCAUGGUGAUGGUGUUGAAGAAGCAUUUUAUACUACAGACCGUGUCAUGACUUGUUCAUUUCAUAAAUAUGGUGAAUUCUUCCCAGGUACUGGUGAGUUAAGAGAUACUGGUGUAGGGAAAGGUAAGAACUACGCAGUCAAUGUUCCUCUAAGAGAUGGUAUAGAUGAUGCCACUUAUAGAGCAGUUUUCGAAUCAGUCAUCAGCAAGAUUAUGGAAUGGUAUCAACCAUCGGCGGUAGUAUUGCAAUGUGGUGGUGAUUCUCUAUCAGGUGAUCGUUUGGGUUGUUUCAACCUUUCCAUGCGUGGUCACGCUAACUGUGUCAAUUUUGUCAAGUCUUUUGGUAUUCCUUUAAUGGUUGUUGGUGGUGGUGGUUAUACAAUGAGAAAUGUUGCAAGAACGUGGUGUUUUGAAACUGGGUUAUUAAACAAUGUAAUAUUAGAUGAAGAUCUGCCUUAUAAUGAUUAUUAUGAAUAUUAUGGUCCAGAUUAUAAAUUAGAUGUUAGGCCAUCAAACAUGUAUAACGUAAACUCUCCAGAUUAUUUGGAUAAAAUUUUAACUGCUAUUCAUUCCAACUUAGAAAGCACCAAAUAUGCCCCAAGUGUGCAGCUGAACCAUGUUCCUCACGAUCUAGAAGACAAAGGUGACGAAGAAGAAGAUACAAAAGAAGCUAUAGAUACCAAAGGUGGUUCUCAAUAUGCUAGAGACCAAAUUGUAGAGAAAGAUAAUGAAUUUUACUGA